AUGGCAAACGAUCAAGAACAAGAGACGACAUACCACCACAUCUCGCCCUCCGUCGCCCAAGCCUACGCCGAAGGAGUCCUAACAGCCAACGGGGUACCACCUGAGAACGCCACCAUAGUAGCCAAAUGCCUCGUAGCCGCCGACCUUCGCGGCAUCGAUACCCACGGCAUCAACCGCAUACCAUCCUAUAUGGCUCAGAUCCGCCAAGGAGUCCUAGAUGCCAAAGCUCAACCCGAGCUGGCGCAAAUUACGCCCGUGGUUGCUCAAGUAGACGCCCACAAUGCAUUCGGUUUUGUGGCGGCACAUAUGGGAAUGAAGUCUGCUUGCGAGAUGGCAAAGACGUAUGGCAUAGGUAUGGCUAUCGACGAGGGAAUGAUGAGUCUCGUCUUCACCAACAGCUCUCCCGCCUUACCAGUCUGGGGCGGCAAGGAGAAACUCAUGGGUGUCAGUCCUAUCGCGUGCGGCGCACCAGCUGGGAACGCGAAAUCUUUCAUCCUUGACAUGGCGCCUAGUGUAGCCGCACGAGGCAAAAUCUACAAAGCCAAGCGACGAGGGGAGAAGAUUCCACUCGAUUGGGCUCUCGAUACCGAAGGCAACAGAACAGAUGAUCCUGCUGCGGCGCUAGAGGGUGUAAUGUUACCCAUGGGUGGACCAAAAGGUAGCGCUCUGAGCAUAAUGAUGGACGUCUUCUCUGGCGUCCUCUCCGGCUCAGCUUUCGCCGGUCACGUCACUAAUCCUUACGAUCCUAGUAAGCCUGCAGAUGUGGGGCAUUUCCUCGUGGCGAUCAAGCCGGAUCUGUUCAUGGGGUUGGAGGAAUUCAAGGAGAGGAUGGAUUAUCUGUAUCAGCGGGUUGCGGGGUGCGAGAGGAUGGCGGGGGUGGAGAAAGUAUAUUUUCCUGGCGAGAUUGAGCAGAUUACUGAGGAGAGAAGGCGAGGGGAGGGAAUUCCGUUGGUGGAUGCUGAAGUGCAAGCCUUGAACGAGGAGGCGAAGCGGGUUGGUGCUGAAGGACUUCGCAUCACGAUCUGA